AUGAGGGGUUUGAUAUCAGAAAAAGAGACUUUGGCACAGGAAGGAGAUACUUUAAAAUUAGAGAGAGGUUCCUUGGUAUCAAAACUUCUAGAAUUGGAAUCAAAGGUUUCAUUAAUGGAACAAGACCAAGAAGAACUUUGGACAAUAAAAGAAGAACUUAAUUCAGAAAAUAAAAGAAUCCUAAAGCAGAAGGAAGAGGCUGAGGCCAAAAGCCAGCAGGAAAGCUCAGAAAAGUUAGCACUAAUCUUGGAGAACAGCAAAUUACUCUCUGAAAUAGAGGCAGCACAGGCAGAACUCCUGAAGAUAAUGCAAGAAAACGAAGCCCUCCAGUCUUCAGAGUCAACCUUGCUCCAACAGUUGAAAGAGUUUCAGGCCAACAAAGAUGCCAUGGAUGUGACAUGUCAGAAACAUAUCAAGGAACGGGAAGAACUGGAGAAUUAUCGGAAGAAUCUUUUGGAAGAGAAAGAUGCAGUUGUUAAAGACAAAGAUGCUGUUAUUCAGAAGCUGGAAAGUUCGUGUGAGGCACUGGCCAAAGACCAAAGAAAGCUGCUGCAGGAGGUGUCAACUCUGACUGCAGAGAGAGAUUCAGCCCUAGGUGAACACUUAGAUCUUAAAAAUGCAAAUAUAGCCUUAAAGAAAGAAAUGAACAGUCAACUGAAGACAACCGAGAGCCUGCAGUCCGAGAAGGAGAUGCUCCUUAAAAGCAUAGAAGAGCUGCGUGUGAGUUUAGGCAAUACAGUCAGUGAAAACCAAACAUUAAAUGUGAGAAUGGAAGAGAUGAAAACAGAGCUAGAGACUGAACAUAAAGAACUUAAAAAAGUGAUGAAAGACAAUACAGAGCUGAAGGAUUCCCUUGCUAGUCUCUCUUGUCUUCUUGAGGAAAUUAAAGCCUCGAGAGAGAUAUCGAACUCCGAACGUGUUCAGUUACUUCAAGAGAAAGAGGCUCUUUCUUCAUCUGAGCGAAGGCUUUUGGCUGAAAGGGAGGAACUUUUAAAGGAAAAUAAUGCAAUUGCUGAAAAGCUUGCCAAGGCUGCAGCAGAUGCUGAGCUUGCUGAGAGAGACUUAACUGAGAAAAUAAAGGAACUGGACUUAGAAAAGGAAUCUGUUUUUCGUAAGUCAUUGCAAUUGGAACAGCACAACGAAGGUCUUCUCCAAGAGAAGAAAGACUUGGAGAACAAAUACUUAGAGCUUCUUGAAGAAAACAAGUCUUCUGCAAAUACAAUUUCUGAUAUGAAGGAUGAACAUGAACUGUGUGUCUCAGCCCAGAAAGCUCUGGCCCAAGAGAAUACCACGCUCCAAGAUUCCAUUGAAGCCCUGAAGGAAGAACUACGUAAGAAGACUCUAGAAAAUCAAGAGCUGAUAAACUGUAAAUGUGACCUUUCCAACUAUCUGAAAGAGGCCCAGGAUGCCAAAAGACCAUUAGAAAAUGAACUGGCUGCUGUAUCCCAUGCAAAGCAGGUCCUGUCAUCUUCAUAUGAGACCUAUUCUUCUGAGAAGGAAACACUGACCAGAGAGAGGACUGAAUUGCAAGAUCAGUGUCAGAAAUUAAAUGAAGAGGUUGCAAUUCUGAAAGAAAACCUAACCCUAGAGAAGGAAGCUAGAAAACUGGACAAGGAGUCCUUCUUCUUAGAACGUGGGGAACUUCAAAGCACCAUCAGCUUCUUAGAGAAGGAGAUACAAGAGCUAAGAGAGAAAAACAGAGAAUUUCUGACUGAGAAAGAACUUUUAGUUCAGGAGAAAGAAAAAUCUGAAACUGACCUGGUGGAAAUCAUUAAAGAAAAAGAAACCCUCUGUGCAGAGAUGGAGCAGCUUGCUUCCAGUAUCGAACGACUGAAGAGUGACUUUACUUCCCUGUCUAAAUCCAAAGCAGAGCUUGAAGACUUGCACAGCUGCGUCUCUGAGAGGCUGGGUGAGCUUCAACUCAGACAUGAGGCGGUGGAGAAGGAGAGAAUAAAGUUACUUGAGGAAAACAACAGCCUACGUGCUGAGCAGGAUAGUCUGGUCAUCAUUAAGGAAGAAAGAUUAACAGAGAAGGAGAAAUUCUCCAAGGAUUAUUAUAAACUGCAUGACAAAGUAGCACUUUUAGAACAGACUAAUAGUGACCUGUCGAGCAAAUUGCUGGUGUCUCAGGGCAAAAAUCAGAUGCUACAGGAGGAAAUGAACAAUCUGGCUUUGAAACUAAGAGAGAUUGAGAUUCUCCAGGCCCAAACAAUAGCACAAAAAAUUGAGGUAUUGAAACACAUAGUUAAAUAA